AUGAAGUUGUUCACCAUCGCCAGCACUCUUAUGGUUUCCUUAGCCAAUGCUGCUCCACACCCUGAGCGUGGCCUCACACAGGGCACUAAACUUAUAGCUCGGCAAUGCUCUGCAGGCAAGGCCACCUGUUUUUAUGACAGUGACUGUUGUUCUGAAAUUUGCCAAGCUAUACCUGUUGGUCCGGUUGGUGUUGUACGCUACACAAGGAGAAGCAAGAAGCAAGAGAAGCAGGAGAAGCUAGAAAAGCAGGAGAAGCUGGAAAAGCUGGAAAAGCUAGAAAAGCAGGAGAAGGAGAAGCUAGAGAAGUUAGAAAAACUAGAAAAACUAGAGAAGCAAGAGAAGCUGGAAAAGGAGAAGCUAGAGAAGCAAGAGAAGCUGGAGAAACAAGAGAAGCUGGAGAAACAAGAGAAGCUGGAGAAACAAGAGAAGCUGGAGAAACAAGAGAAUCAGGAAAAGGAAAAGCAGGAGAAGCUCGAGAAGUUGGAGAAGCUAGAGAAGCAAGAAAAGCAAGAGAAGCAGGAGAAGCAGGAGAAGGAGAAGCUAGAGAAGCUGGAAAAACUAGAAAAACUAGAGAAACAAGAGAAGCAGGAAAAGGAGAAGCUGGAGAGAUUAGAGAGACUGGAGAGACUAGAGAGACUGGAAAAGCAAGAGAAUCAAGAGAAGCAUCAGAGGCAGAGGAAGCAUAAUUAG